AGGGAGAGGGACAGGGACAGGGACAGGGACAGGGACAGGGACAGGGACAGAGCCCGCCCCGAGGCGGCGCGGGGAGCGGCAGUGGCGGCGGCAUUUGUCCACGAGCUCCCGGUCCCUUGCCCCGCACCUCCACGGACACGGACAAGUCUCCCUGCCCCCCUUAUCUACCAGCGGCUCUCACUUGGGCCCAGCCCUACCUAACUCCCUUCCUUCCCCUCCCCACGCUCCACAGGCUGCCGAGGGCACUGCUAUGACACCUCUCAUGGUACCGGCGUGGCCGUCCUCACGAACUCGACGUACUGGCAGCGCAGCUUCGGCCCAGCCUCGGGCUGCACCAGGAGGUAGGCAAGGGUAGCCUUUGCCGCGACAGAGCCUGCCUGUCAUGUACCAUACCCACUUUGGGGUAAGACAAGGCCAAGCUUUUACCCAACUGUUAAAAAGGACAGACCUCUGUGGCGUGAACACUCGAAGGUGUUCAGAUGGCCUCGGGUGAGCUCGCAGUGAAACUGGAACACCUCCGGAAGUCUAGGCCUUGGGAUUCACAAUUGCCUUUGGAGACUCCAUCACAUUUCUGCCAGAGACAGAACUAGAAUGUAUCAACCCCCUUUGCUCUCAGUUUUUCACAGGGCACAAAUGAAUUCCAAAAAAAAUGAUGCAAAAUGUGCAUCUGGCUCCUGAGGACGAUGAAGAUGAUCUUUAUUCUGGCUACAAUGAUUAUAAUCCCACAUUUGACACAGAGGAUUUAGAAAAUGAUGUAGCUUUUCAACAGGCAGUAGUAACAAGUCAUGGUAGAAGACCUCCUGUGACUGCUAAAAUUCCUGGUACAUCAUCUUCAAGACCUUUAGCUACUGGAUUUGGGUCAAAGGCAAGUUUAACUUCAUCUAUGGGAAGACCAAUGACAGGAGCUAUACAGGACGGGAUUGCUCGACCGAUGACAGCAGUGCAUGCUGCAGGUUACACUAAGGCAGCUAUGAGAGGUUCUUCAUUUGAUCGUCUUGGCCAAGCAAGAGGUCCUGCUCCACCUCUGGAAAUGAGAAAUUCAGACAGUUCAGAAGAGAUGGUGAGGCAGUUGGAAAAAAAAACAAAUGAACUUGUUGAAGAAAGCUGCAUGGCCAACAGCUGUGGAGACUUGAAACUGGCUCUGGAAAAAGCAAAAGAGGCUGGAAGAAAUGAAAGAGAAUUGCUGAAACAACAUGAACAAAUUGGUACUACAGAAAACAUGAACUUUGAUCUGACUUACUCAGUUUUUUUCAAUCUGGCCAUUCAGUAUGCUGCCAACGAAAUGUAUGCAGAGGCACUGAAUGCUUACCAAUUUAUAAUGAAGAAAAAGAUGUUCACCAAUGGAAGUAAACUGAAGGUGAAUAUGGCAAAUAUCUAUUUAAAACAACGGAACUAUUCCAAAGCAAUCAAAUUCUAUCGUAUGGCUCUAGACCAGAUUCCUAAUGAGUACAAAGAGAUGAGGAUUAAAAUCAUGGAAAAUAUUGGAGUGGCAUUUCUUAAAACUGGCCAAUACUUUGAUGCCAUUUCUUCCUUUGAACAUAUAAUGAGCACAUCCCCAAACCUGAAGGCAGGCUUCAACUUGAUCCUGUGUUAUUUUGCAAUUGGAAAUGGUGAGCAAAUGAAAAAAGCCUUUGAAAAACUGAUUGCAGUUCCCUUGGAGGUGGAUUGUGAUGACAAAUACAUUUCACCAAAUGAUGAUCCACAUACAAAUCUACUGAUUGAAGCCAUUAAAAAUGACAGCUUAAGUCAAAUAGAACGUGAGAGGAAAUCCAAGGCAGAGGAAUACAUCAUGACAGCAGCUAAACUCAUUGCACCAGUAAUUGAAACAUCUUUUGCAGUGGGCUAUGACUGGUGUGUUGAAGUAGUAAAAGCUUCCCACUAUGUAGAGUUAGCCAAUGACCUGGAAAUAACUAAAGCCACUACUUACAUGAGGCAGCAGGAUUUUAACCAGGCACUGGAGACUUUAAAAACGUUUGAAAAGAAGGACAGCAGAGUAAAGAGUGCAGCUGCAACAAACCUUUCCUUCCUUUAUUAUUUGGAGAAUGAAUUGUCAGAAGCAACUAAAUAUGCAGAUGUAGCUGUAAAUUCUGAUAGGUACAAUCCAGCAGCUCUAACUAACAAAGGAAAUACUGUUUUUGCAAAUGGAGACUAUGAAAAAGCAGCUGAGUUUUAUAAGGAAGCUCUCCGGAAUGACUCUUCAUGCACUGAAGCCCUUUAUAAUCUUGGUUUAACAUACAAGAAAUUAAACAGAAUAGAUGAAGCUUUGGAUUGUUUCCUGAAGCUCCAUGCAAUCCUUCUAAAUAGUGCCCAAGUCCUUUACCAGAUAGCAAACAUAUAUGAGAUUAUGGAAGACCACAAUCAAGCCAUAGAGUGCCUCUUGCAGUUGAUCAGUGUAGUACCAACUGAUCCACAUGUACUUUCAAAGCUAGGGAAGUUAUAUGGUAAUGAAGGUGAUAAAUCCCAAGCUUUUCAUUAUUACUGUGAGUCGUUCCGGUAUUUCCCCUCAAACAUUGAGGUCAUUGAAUGGCUUGGAGCCUUUUACAUUGACAACCAGCUUUGUGAAAAAGCCAUUGAGUACUUUGAACGAGCAGCACUUAUCCUACCGACACAAGUGAAGUGGCAGCUGAUGGUUGCCAGUUGCUACAGGAGAAGUGGUAACUACCAGAAAGCUCUAGAAAAAUACAAAGUAGUUCACAGAAAUUUCCCGGAGAAUGUUGAAUGCCUCCGAUUUUUAGUUCGUCUCUGCACAGAUAUGGGGCUGAAAGAAGUCCAGGAAUAUAUGACAAAGCUCAAGAAAGUGGAAAAAUUAAAAGAAGUAAGAGAGCAGCGCAUUAAGUCUGGCAGAGAUGGCAGUGCACGUGGCCGCAGAGAAGGAAGUGCUGGUGGUGACAAUGGUGGUUCCAAAGGGGAAAGACUGAGUGCCAAACUAAAAGCUUUGCCUGGGACAAGUGAACCCUACGAAAGCAGCAGUAAAGAAAUAGAUGCCUCCUACGUAGAUCCACUUGGCCCACAAGCAGAAAGACCAAAAACUGCAGCAAGAAAAAGACCGGAGGAAGAUAACUGUCUUGAAGAAACAGUAGAGGAUUUGCUUCCAUAAUAGCAGAUGAUUCAUUCCUAUUUUUUGCUUCUUUGAAAAGUUGUAGCAGAAAAGCUUUCAUCUGUGAUGAUUUUUAUCAAAUAUCUGUGAAAUACUUUGGAUAUAUGGUCUCUGACAUUAAA